UUUUUUUUAACCCGGAAACACUAUUUAUGGACUUUUGACAAGGCGGAAGUUGACAUUCAUGGAACCAUCAGUAAUAUUUUACUGUGAUGGCGCUUGACGUAAAGUCCAGAGCCAAGCGAUAUGAAAAGUUGGAUUUCCUUGGAGAGGGCCAGUUUGCCACGGUGUACAAAGCAAGAGACAAAACAACGGACACUAUAGUUGCCAUUAAAAAGAUUAAAGUUGGCCAUAGAACUGAAGCUAAAGAUGGUAUCAACAGGACCGCUCUACGAGAAAUCAAACUACUGCAGGAGCUCCACCAUCCAAAUAUUAUUGGGCUGCUGGAUGCAUUUGGGCACAAAUCAAACAUCAGUCUGGUUUUCGAUUUCAUGGAAACUGAUCUGGAGGUGAUCAUCAAGGACACCAGCCUGGUUUUGACUCCAGCCCACAUCAAAGCGUACAUCCUCAUGACUCUACAGGGAUUAGAAUACAUGCAUCAACAUUGGGUUUUACACAGGGAUUUGAAGCCCAAUAAUUUGCUGCUUGAUGGUAAUGGAGUGUUGAAGUUGGCUGAUUUUGGUUUGGCCAAAGCCUUUGGCAGUCCGAACAGGGUCUACACCCAUCAAGUUGUGACCAGGUGGUACCGCUCUCCCGAGCUUCUUUUCGGUGCCCGGAUGUAUGGAGUAGGUGUUGACAUGUGGGCGGUGGGAUGCAUCUUGGCCGAGUUACUCCUCCGGAUACCAUUUCUUGUUGGAGACUCUGAUCUUGACCAACUGACCAAGAUCUUUGAGACUCUUGGGACACCUACUGAAGAGACGUGGCCGGGAGUAAGCAGUCUACCAGAUUAUAUGCCAUUCAAAAUAUUUCCUGGCACACCUCUUGAGCACAUAUUUAGUGCAGCGACAGAUGAUUUGCUAGAGUUGCUUCAUGGCCUCUUCACAUUUAACCCCUCAACCAGGACCACGGCCACUCAGGCUCUGAAGAUGAAAUACUUCAGUAAUCGGCCCGGUCCCACACCCGGCCCCCAACUUCCCCGACCCAACUGUUCAGCCGAAAUUCUGCGAGAGAAGGAAACAGUCGGUCUCAAGAGAAAAAUAGAAGGCCUGGAAACAACUACCAUGAAGAAGUUGAUAUUCUAAGGACUGAUAUGUGCUGUGAUGUCAAAAGUACUGCUGAAUCCUGCAGAGGAUGAACGGUUCGACCUGUGGUCGGCACGCACUUCUGUGAUGCCUGAACUCCAGCUAACAACCUGCUGGAUUCUUUAUCCAUCCUUCUGUGACUGAAAAAGACAACAACCACACUAGCAAACCUAUGGUAGACUGUUUUGACAAUAUGGGCAAAAGUAUUGGUACGUAGUCAUUAGACCCACAAGAACCACAGAUUCAUUCCCCCCCAAAAAACAUCUGUAAGGUGACAGAUGGGCUUCACCUCACCAUCUCUGUUGGUAGUAGGUCAGUCUAGUUCUUGCACACCAAACUCCGCCUUUAUCGAUUGGCCAUGUUUUUUUUAAGUGAGCCUCCGUCAUACUGGAAUGACCUUGGAAACGCUGUAUAGGAAUUGAUAUUCAGAAUGAACUCAGCAGUGUUGUCCAAGCUCUGAUUGUCUCUUUGACCAAGGAGUAUGUCUCAGUACUUUUGUCCAUAUUUAACUAUAUUAUUUUUGUACAUAAAACUAAUAAAUGGUGCAAAUGGA